CACGGUAGCUUCUGUAAGAAGACAGUGCAGUGUGACUUUGACGUUAGAAAGGGAGGAGGGGGAGUCAGUGUCUCCAUCAACGCAUGGCGGAUACAGUAGUCAGCUGUAACCGAAGCAGGGAGGUGCUGAAUCUAGUUCUGCUGGAUGACUCACUCUGUCAACCCAAGGCGCACGCAUUCACUCUUUUGUGCACACGCUUAUACACACACAAACGCGCAGGCACGUUUGGCAGUUGGAGGGGGAGGGGGGAGUGGGCACGCGCUGCCGAGUUGUUCCUAAUCAAAGCACAUCAAGGCCGUUCAUUCUCCACUGGAGGGCGAGUGGUACAAGAGCACCGGGACGCUCCGGCAGCAGGGAGACGGGAGACACACAGGCAGAGACAAAGACGGGCAGUCACAGAGACAGUAAAUCCCGACCCGGAUUCUGCAAAGCAUCAUUUCUUUCCGCCGUCGGAUUAAACCCGUCCCCAUCUCCAGCGCCGAAAUCACGCCAAGACAUGAACUUCUCCCCCUGAAUGUUAUUGAUGCUGAACUGAGUGGUCCAGUGCUGUCCUCCAGUGUUCCCCUCCCCUCAGUCUUCUGUCCCUUUUGUUUGUUACCUGGUUUGAGCAGCCAUGACAAAGUCCUACGAGUUCAACUGGCAGAAGCACCUGCCUGGGUUCAUGCAGGAAGGCGCUUCCUUUGACAGGUUUGAUGAGGACCCGUAUAUGUUUGAGCCCAACUGUCAAAUGAGGGUGGAUGAGUAUGGCUUCUUCAUCACCUGGAAGAGUGAGGGAAAGGAGGGUCAGGUGCUCGAGUGCUCCCUCAUCAACAGUAUUCGUGUCGGUGCCGUCCCAAAGGACCCUAAGAUCUUGUCAUCAUUCGAGGCCAUCGGAAAGACGGAGGCAGACUUAGAGGGCUGCAUCAUCUGCAUCUGCAGCGGAACAGACCUGGUCAAUCUGAACUUCAUGUUCAUGGUAGCCGACAGCCCAGACACAGCCAGGAAGUGGAUCGAGGGUUUGAGGUCAGUGAUUCACAACUUUAAGGCCAACAACGUCUGUCCAAUGACCUGCCUCAAGAAACACUGGAUGAGAAUGUGCUUCCUGACCAAUGUGAAUGGGAAGAUCCCUGUGAGAGGCAUUACACGAACAUUUGCAUCAGGGAAGACAGAGAAGGGGAUCUUUCAGGCUCUGAAGGAUUUGGGCCUACCUAGUGGAAAGAAUGAUGAGAUUGAACCAUCAGAUUUCACCUUUGACAUUUUCUACGCACUUACACAAAAGAUCUGCCCUCGCACAGACAUAGAGGAACUCUUCAAGAAAAUCAAUGGGAACAAAACUGAUUAUUUAACUGUAGACCAGUUAGUCAGCUUUCUGAAUGAAAACCAACGUGACCCAAGGUUAAAUGAGAUUCUGUUCCCAUUCUAUGACCCCAAGAGAGCCAUGCAGAUCAUCGAGAAAUAUGAGAGGGAUGAGGAGUUGAAGAAGAAAGGUCACAUGUCCAGCGACGGGUUCUGCCGGUACCUGAUGUCAGAUGAAAAUGCUCCAGUUUUCUUGGACCGACUGGAGCUGUACCAGGACAUGGACCAGUCACUAGCCCACUACUUCAUCAGCUCAUCCCACAACACUUACCUCACAGGCCGACAGUUUGGAGGGAAGUCCUCAGUAGAGAUGUACCGCCAGGUCCUGUUGUCUGGAUGCAGAUGUGUGGAGCUGGACUGCUGGGAUGGCAAAGGAGAGGACCAGGAGCCAAUAAUCACUCAUGGUAAAGCCAUGUGCACAGACAUCCUGUUCAAGGAUGUUAUCCAAGCAAUCAAGGAGACGGCAUUUGUCACUUCAGAAUACCCUGUGAUAUUGUCCUUCGAAAACCAUUGCAGUAAACCACAGCAGUACAAGAUGGCCAAAUAUUGUGAUGAGACCUUUGGUGACCUCCUCCUCAAACAGCCUCUGGAGAACUAUCCAAUUGAACCUGGGCGCCCCUUACCCUCUCCAAAUGACCUCAAACGUAAAAUCCUCAUCAAAAACAAACGCUUGAAACCUGAAGUGGAACAGAAGCAGCUAGAGGCCUUUAAGAAGCACAUGGAGGCAGGAGAGACCAACACCCCUGCCAUCAUUAUGGGAGAAGAGGACGACACAGAGAAUGGAGACAAAGAGGCUGAGGACAAGGAUUUGAAUUCAGAAGCCCCCAGUCUGUCAGAGGCGACCAGUCAAAAAGAGGCCAACAGUGUGUCCCAGAGUAACGCUGUCAGCUCGAGGAAGGAGGAAGAUUGCAGCAACAAUAUCAAGAAGGUACCUGAUGAUGAAGUGACAGAAAUUUCCGAAGCAACAGACGCCACAGAUAUCUCGGAGGCAUCAGACCAAGACAAUAACAAGAAGGCUGUGGAUGUAGCUGAAGACUCUGAAGAAGCUCUGAUAGCUCAGUAUACCUAUGAAGGAGCCACCACUAACAUCCACCCGUAUCUCUCAGCCAUGGUCAACUAUGCACAGCCUAUCAAGUUCCAGAGCUUUGAUGUGGCAGAGGAGAAGAACAUCCACCAUAACAUGUCGUCUUUUAACGAGUCUGUUGGCCUGGGUUAUCUGAAGACAAAUGCCAUAGAGUUUGUCAACUACAACAAGCGUCAGAUGAGCCGUAUCUACCCCAAAGGGGGCCGGGUGGACUCCAGUAAUUACAUGCCUCAGAUCUUCUGGAAUGCAGGCUGCCAGAUGGUCUCACUCAACUUCCAGACCCCAGACCUGGCCAUGCAAUUGAACCAGGGAAAGUAUGAGUACAACGGCUCCUGCGGGUACUUGCUGAAGCCUGACUUCAUGCGACGGUCAGACAGGAUGUUUGACCCUUUCUCAGAGACACCGGUGGACGGUGUCAUCGCUGCAACCUGCAGCGUACAGGUGUUCUCUGGACAGUUCUUAUCAGAUAAAAAAAUUGGCACAUACGUUGAGGUCGACAUGUACGGGCUGCCAACAGACACCAUCAGAAAGGAGUUUCGCACACGUAUGGUGAUGAACAAUGGACUGAACCCCGCCUACAAUGAGGAGCCCUUUGUCUUCAGAAAGGUGAUCUUACCAGAUCUGGCUGUACUGCGCAUCGCCGUCUACGACGACAACAACAAGCUGAUUGGCCAGCGCAUCCUGCCUCUGGAUGGCCUGCAGGCUGGCUACCGUCACAUCUCUCUGAGGAACGAGGGCAACAAGCCCCUGUCGUUGCCAACCAUCUUCUGCCAAAUCAUCCUGAAGACCUACGUGCCCGACGGUUUCGGAGCUAUUGUGGAUGCUCUGUCAGAUCCAAAGAAGUUCUUGACCAUAGCAGAGAAGAGAGCUGACCAGAUGAAGGCACUGGGGAUCGAUACGAAUGACAUAGCAGAUGUUCCCAGUGGAAGCUCAAAGAACGACAAGAAGGGAAAGGGUAAAGGAGACACACUGAAGGCCAGUGUGACACCACAGACCAGCUCAGACAUGGCCCAGACCUCCAACGCUGCCCAAAAUAACACAGCAGAAACCAAGAAGGAUCCUGCACUUGUGCCUAAUGUCAGCAUUGAAGAAUUAAAACAAAUGAAGACUUACCUGAAAUUGAUUAAAAAGCAACAGAAGGAGCUCAGCACUUUAAAGAAGAAACAUUCAAAGGAUCAACAUAUAAUGCAGAAAGCCCACUGCACCCAGGUGGACAAGAUGGUGUCUGUGCAUGAAAAAGAGAAAACCGCUCUGGAGAAACUACUAGAGAAAGCCAUCAAGAAACGGGGGGAAAACAGGUGCCAGGAGUUGAGGAAGGAGACAGAAGACAAGAUCCAAACACUAGUUGCUGAGCACAAAGCCAGGAUAAAGGACAUCACAGCACAGCACACUAAAGAGUGGUCGGAGCUGAUCAGUAAUCACAGCAGCGAGGAGCAAGAAAUGAAGGACAACCAUGUCACACAGCAGUGUGAGCACCUCAAGAAACUCCUGGCCUCUGUCCAUGAGCAGCAGACCAUGCAGCUCAAAGUCAUCCAUGAACGGCAAAGUAAAGAUAUGCGUGCAAACCAGGCCAAGGUGUCCAUGGAAAACAGUAAAGCCAUCAGCCAGGACAAGACCAUCAAAAACAAGGCGGAGAGAGAGAGGAGAGUGCGAGAGUUAAACAGCAGCAACACCAAGAAGUUCCUGGAUGAGAGGAAGCGGCUGGCCAUGAAGCAUCAGAAGGAGAUGGAGCAGCUUGCGAAAAACCAGAGAGAACAGCUGGACAAACUGGAAAAGUUCAAUGAGCAGCUUUUGAAAUCACACCAUGCAAACAAACAGGGUCAAGGCCAAAAACAUGCAGCAGAUGGCGAAGCUAGAGGAGGAGAUGGACCGCAGACCUGCCACGGUGGUGUGAGCAGCUGAGACAAAGACACAGAUGUAUACUCUCUCACACACUCACACACACACACAGGUGCAGAAACACUCCACCAUGGAAAGCCCUUGGCAACCCAGAGACGAAAACCCUGCCUACAUCACUCUGUCAUGUUCACACACAGUAGCCCUCCUCACCACUCAUUUUCUGUGCAUUCACCAGUACCUCUGUCCUCUGCACACUUACUCCACCCACUAACUUUACACCACUGAGCCAUUAGUGCUUAUCACUGUUUGACGGGGGGUUUAACCACCCGGAAAGAAACAAUUCCAACACAUCCUCUCGUCCACUGUAUGUAGAUUUAAGUGUUCUAACACAUUCACUGUUCUCUGCAUCCUGUGGACAGUCCAGCCGCAGCUAUUGGUGGAGACAACACACUGACAAACAUGUUCAGUCACAGCUCAGACAACACAGAAAGCCAUGCGCUUUGACUUUUUUUAGCUCAGUACCCAAUUAACCACCCUAGAAACUGUGGAAAAGGAGAGAAGAA